GCUCCUCAAGCUCCGGCGGCAUGCAAACUCUGCUGUGCCGGGAGGAGCACGACCACUCAGAGCCAUGGACAACACAACAGCGCUGACAUUCACAAUGACUGCAUAUGCUGUCAUGGAAAACAGCAAACACGGGCUGUUUGUUGUGUUCCUCCUGCUCUAUCUUGCUCACAUCGCUUUGAAUUCACUGCUCGUUGCUGUCAUACAAAAAAACCAACAGCUGCACCAACCUAUGAAUGUGUUCACAUGUAUGUUAUCCAUCAAUGAACUCUAUGGCAGCACAGCUCUGUUGCCUGCAAUAAUGUCUGUGCUCAUAUCGGAGAACUAUGAGGUGUCUGCGAGGUGGUGCAUGGCUCAAGUCUACUUCCUUCACACAUAUGCAAGUGCUGAGUUUUGUAUUUUAGCUCUUAUGGGAUAUGACAGAUAUGCUGCCAUCUGCCACCCACUCCAUUACCACAGCAUCAUGUCUCAUACAAAGACAAUCAAGCUCAUUGCGUUAGCAGCUCUGUACCCGACCAUUUUGUUUGGAUGUUUUUACUCGCUGACCUUACGACUGAGCUUCUGUGGAAAAGUCAUACCAAAAUUAUACUGUGUGAACAUGGAGCUGGUCAAGAAUUCAUGUUCCAAUGCAUCCUACAUAAGUAUUGUGGGACUGCUACUUAUUCUGGUUUUGAUCAUACCUCAGUUAGUGAUGAUUGUUUUCUCUUAUGUGCAAAUUUCAAGAGUGUGUUGGAAACUAUCAAGAGACUCCCAGAGCAAUGCUCUUAAAACAUGUAUCCCACACUUACUGUCUUUGCUCAAUUACACCAUUGGCUCCCUUUUUGAAAUUAUCCAAACUAGAUUUAAUAUGAGUCACGUGGCUGCUGAACUACGGCUCUUCCUGUCUUUAUACUUUGUUGUCAUCCCACCUCUUGCCAACCCAGUGCUGUACGGACUCGGUACGCAAAUCAUAAGAGUUCAUGUGCUGAAACUGAUUUUCAGACACAAGAUCCUGCCAACAAAGUGA